AGGUUCGUCCCGGAGGAGUAUCGCCGUCCCUGUUGGGAUCCUACGGUUUACCUGACCCGAAUUGACUUGAAGAGAAACACAAGGCGAGAUCUCCAGGAGCCCAGGACAGGAAGUGGUUGAUUUGCACAGAGCGGGUUCAACCAAGCCGGAGCGGCCCUGUCCGUCGAACGUGAACGAUGACGGCAGAAUCAAGGGGGCUGGCGGCCCCGGCGCCCCAGGUCUGGACUCCCGGAGAGCCGGAGGGGCUUCCGACGGGGAACACAGAGGAGGACUUGUCCCGGGGCACCGAAUCCGGCCGUCACGGAAACGGGGAGAUCUUCCACCGGCGUUUCCGCCAGUUCCGCUACCAGGAAGCGUCCGGGCCCCGCGAGCCCCUGAGCCGACUCCGGGAGCUCUGCCGUCGGUGGCUGAGGCCCAAGAAGCACACGAAGGAGCAGAUCCUGGAGCUGCUGGUGCUGGAGCAGUUCCUGACCGUCCUGCCCGGAGAGAUCCAGACCUGGGUGCGGCUCCAUAAACCGGAGAGCGGAGAGGAGGCGUUGACCCUGGUGGAGGAUUUGCAGGGAGCGUUGGAUGGACCGGAGCCAUUGGUGAGAGAGGACAAGUUCAUGGGUCCCGGCCUGUGCACCCGGACAGGAAGUGCUUACGGAGGAUCCGAUAGCCCCGGGAGCAGUCCAAGAUUCGCCUCCUACUUCUCCUCGUGUCGGGUCCUCACCAAAGGGAACAGAGCUUGGGUCCCUUCAGCCCGAGCUCUGGCCGCUCCCCAGGAACCUUCCCUUCCCCCAGAGGGACACUCAGGAGAGAGGGGAAUGGCAGCUGUCCUUCAGAGAACCAGGACUCAGGGAUCGGUAGCAUUCGAGGACGUGGCCAUGACCUUCACCCACGAAGAGUGGGGGCACCUGGACCCCACCCAGCGUGACCUGUACUGGGAUGUGACGCUGGAAAAUUAUGGGAAUCUCGCCUCACUGGAUAAGUCCUCUGCCUUUUGGGGAACAGGAGGCAAGAAUGAGCUCAGGAGAAUCUGUGAGACUGGCACAGGCCGAUCCAUCGGUAGUAUCAGCGAGUGCCUUGGAUUUUCACUUACCCCGUCUGAUGUGAUCUCCCAGCUGGAAGAAGGGGCAGACCCACGAAGCCUGGGUCUGCAGGAAGCUGAGGGCAGAAAGACCCUGAGAGAUGUUUGCACAGAUUGUAAAAGCGGACCUGAGACUGAAGCAUCAGUUCCCCCGAAGCAAGAUACUUGUGAAGAAGCAGGUUUACAUAGAGCCUUAUUGGUAAGACUCCAGCAGAAUAUUCUCAUGGCUUCUGUGGAUGGCAAACCAUCUGGACUUGAGAGCAAAUUAGAAAAGCAGCGUGGGAAUCCCAGUGAUGGGAGACUGAGGAAAUUCCCUAGCCAAGAUAGAGAUUUCAGAAAUGCCGAAGUCCGUAAGAGAGCUCCCGCGGAGAAGAGGUCUUGUGAGUGUGGGAAAACCUCCAGGAGACGUUCCCCCCUCGUUGAUCGUCUGCGAAUUCAUACCGGAGAGAAACCCUUCCAAUGCGAUGAAUGUGGAAAAGCCUUCAGUCAGCAUUCAGACCUCAAUAGGCAUCAAAGGAUUCACAUCGGAGAAAAGCCCUUCAGAUGCAACGAGUGUGGGAAGGCCUUCUACCAACAUUCAGACCUCAAUAGACAUCUGAGAAUACACACGGGAGAGAAACCCUACAAAUGUAAUGAAUGUGGGACCUUCAAAUGGAGUUCGCGUCUUAUCGAGCAUCAGAGAAUUCACACUGGAGAGAAACCCUACAAAUGUAAGGAAUGUGGGAAAGCCUUCAGUCAACAUUCGAACAUUAUUAAACACCAGAGGAUCCAUACUGGAGAGGAAGCCCUACAAAUGUAAAGGUUGUGGGAAAGCCUUCAGUCAACACUCCAGUCUUGAUUGGACAUCAGAGACUUCAUACUGGGGAGAAACCCUACAAAUGUAAUGAACUGGGGAAAGCCUUCCAAAGGAGUUCAUACCUUAAAGCACGGGAGCGGGAAUUCACUCUGAACAAGAACCUUGCAGAUGAAAUUAAUGGAGGAGAGCCUUUCAGUGGAAUUUUUACGUUCGAACCCAUGAGGAAGUUUAUACUGGAGGGAAAUCUUUCAGAUGAAAUGAAUGUGAGAAAGCCUCCAGGUGGAGUUUAUACCUCAGAACCCAUGAGAGAAUUUUUCCUGGAGAGAAAUCCUGCAAAUGCAGUGAAUAGGGGAAAGGCUGCGAGUGGAAAUCAUCCUUUAGAGUCUAGCUGCCAUCUCCACGGGGUUGGCCUUAUUUGAAGGGUUUCUCUCCAGGAUGAAUUCUUACAGGGCAGGAGGGGCAGCUGAAGCUAGCCUACUCUAUCCCCUUGGAACUGGGAAGGGAUGGAAAGUGGAGCAGCGAUGGUGGGAGGGAGUGGGCUGCUGCUCUUGGGGUUUUCAUCGGGGUUGGGCUGACCUGCUCUUCUCAACCUUACUCCUAAGCCCCUUGACUAGGACCUGUCCACUUGCCUCGCCCCAGCCAAUCCCCACAGCAGCAGUUCUGCCUGAAGCCAAAGAUGCAGCAGCUCAGGCCUCCCUCAGAGCUGCACGAGAGCCGCGGGUCCUGAUUCGAAAGCAGCAGCCUUCUUGGGGCCUUACGGGGUUGCGUGGGCUGGGUGGCACCCUGCAGAGGUCGCGGAGCUCAACCGUAUGUCCAACACCCAGCAGCUCCCUUCAGGCUGCCUGGGCGGAGCGGACAAGAGUGAGGCAGGCAGAAGGCUCCAGUUUAAAGGGGGCUUGGGGUGGGACUGAGAGUAACUGCCCUCAGCCAGCUUUAGUGCCUCAGGAGGACCUGGAAUAUGGUGGUGUUGAA